GCACUGUGCUGAAAUCCAGUGAGCUCAUUCUGGCUGCAUGCGGAGGAGGGCGGGGCUCUCAGCAUCAUCACCACCGGCCAUCACUGCUUCAUUGUAGGCUGCUGCUGCUGCUCAUUCAGACAUCACGGCGAACGACGAUUUCAAAAUAGUAAUACUUACCAAAAAGCAAGAUGGCAUUGACGGUGUUUCAUAUGUUUUAGGAUUUCACAUCUGAUGAGAAGUCCUCCCGAGCCCUUUAAUCUAACAGGAGAAUGAGGAGGAACUGGAAAUCUCAGGAACAACUAUGAAGGUUUCUCCAAAGUCUCAAUGAAAGCAUCAAGAGCGCUUCUCUAGUGUUUCACUGAUGGCUAAGAAAGGCCGCACGAAGGGCGAGAAGCCCGAAGCCCUCAUUUCUGCCUUGCAGGCGGCCAACGAAGAGCUCAGGUCCAAGUUGACUGACAUUCAGAUAGAACUGCACCAAGAAAAAUGCAAGGUAAGCAAGCUGGAGCGGGACAAGGUGCAGGAGGUGAAGCGGGUGCGAGAGCAGGAGCAGCAUCGCCACACUGCCAUGUUAACUGAGCAGCGGGCCAAAUGGCACGAGGAAAAGCAAAAAGAGCUACAGGCUCUCAGGGAAAACCUUACACGGCAGCAUGAGCAGGAGCUGGCACGCCAUGCCAAGAUCAAGGACCAAGAGAAUCAACGACUCAAAGCUGCCCUGAAUGCCAUGCGAGAUGGGAGUGGCGAAAAAGUGCGCACAGCGCUGACCCUGGAAGCCAGAGAGGAGGCACGGCGCUUCUUUGACCAGGAGAGAGUGAAGCUCCUGCAGGAGAUACUUGAGCUUAAGGCUGCUAAGAAGCAGACCGAUGAAGCUCUGAGCAACAUGAUCCAGGCAGAUAAAAUGAAGGCUGGAGACCUGCGGGUUGAGCAUCAACAGCAUCAGGAACAAAUCUCUAAGAUCAAGUGGGACUGUGAGAAGGACAUCCGCAGGCUGGUGGAUGAAAUCAAAGCUAAAGACCGCACCAUUUUCUCUCUGGAGAGGGAGCUGGAGUCAACUGCUGGAUACCUACAGAAGCUGCAGCUGCAGAAGGAUGCCUUGGAUGAACAACUGUUCCUCGUCAAAGAGGCCGAGUGUGGCCUAGGAAGUCCAAAAAGGGAAAUCCCAGGAAGAGCAGGAGAUGGCGCAGAGCACUGUGGAAGCCCUGACCUAAGGAGAAAUCAGCGGCGUAUUGCAGAACUCAAUUCAACCAUUCGCAAGUUGGAGGAUCGCAACUCGUUGCUGGCUGAUGAGAGAAAUGAAUUACUAAAACGAGUUAGAGAGUCUGAAAAGCAGUGUAAACCCCUGCUGGACAAGAACAAGCUCCUGAAUAAGAGGAACGAUGACUUGACUCACACCAUCCAGAAGCUAGAGGAGAAACUGAAGAGCCUGACAAAGGAGAACCUUGAAAUGAAGGAGAGAAUAGGUUCCCAUCCUCCUCUGAAGAAGCUGAAGUCGCUUAAUGACCUGGACCAAGCACAUGAUGACCAGGAAAUAGCCUUUCUCAAACUUCAAGUUCUGGAACAACAAAGCAUGAUCGAUGAACUGACAAGAGAUCGUGAAAAACUUUUAAGAAAGAAGAGACAUAAAAGAAGUUCAAGGCCUGUUAAGAGGCACAUUGUAGUAGACACCUUCUUUGGCUACGAUGAAGAGUCAAUGGAUUCUGAGUCAUCCUCAGUGGCGUCAUUUCGCAUGGACAGAACCCCAGCUACUCCCGAUGAAGAUCUGGGCAAUGGUCUUGCAAAUGAGGAAUCUGAGUUACGUUUUCGUCAGCUGACCAGGGAAUAUCAGGCACUGCAACGAGCCUACGCCCUGCUGCAAGAACACAACGGAGGCAUUCUGGAUGCUGAGAUGGAAGCCAAGGCUCAUGAGCAACUGCAAGCAGAUGUGCUCCGUUAUAAAGCCAAAGUAGAAGACCUGGAGAAGGAACUAACCUUGAGGGGACAGGACUCCAAAUGGGUAGAGGAGAAGCAGCUCUUCUUACGAAGAAAUCAGGAGUUGCUGGAAAAGGUGCAAAAAUUGGAGUCGGAAUGCAGUCGGCUUCAGCAGGAGCUUCAAGACUCCAGAGACCAAAAUGAGCUGUUAGAGUUUAGGAUACUGGAGCUGGAGGAGCGUGAAAGGAGGUCUCCACCUUUUAACCAUUUGAGGAUGCAUCCAUUCUCUGAAGGAGUCAGUGCACUGCAGAUCUACUGUAUAAAGGAAGGGGUCAAGGAUGUGUGCAUACCAGAUCUCAUCAAACUACUAGAUAUCCUUGGAGACAAUGGGAACCUGAGGAAUGAGGAGCAAGUGGCAAUAAUUCAGGCUAGCACUGUUUUGUCCUUGGCAGAAAAGUGGAUUCAGCAGAUCGAAGGGACAGAGGCGGCGCUUCAUCAGAAGAUGAUGGACCUGGAGAUAGAGAUGGACAUGUUCUGUAAACAGAAAGGAUAUCUAGAAGAAGAGCUGGACUACAGAAAGCAGGCCCUGGAUCAGGCCUACAUGCAAAUCCAGGAGUUGGAAGCAACCCUAUACAACGCCCUGCAGCAGGACAAGGUGAUAAAAUACGGCGAGCCUCUGAAUGAGCUUCAGAAGGAUGAGUUGAGGAUGGCAGUGGAGAAGCUGAGGAGGCAGAUGUUGAGGAAGAGUCGAGAGUAUGACUGCCAAAUCCUUCAGGAAAGAAUGGAGUUGCUGCACCAGGCCCAUCAGAGAAUUCGUGAUCUUGAGGACAAGACAGAAAUCCAGAGACGGCAGAUUAAAGAUCUGGAGGAAAAGUUUCUCUUUCUUUUCUUGUUCUUUUCUCUUGCCUUUAUCCUUUGGCCUUGAAGUAUUUGGCGUAUGCUGUAGCCAAGGGUCACGUGUCAACUUGGAGAUCAUGUUUGGGACUACAGUGUUGUUUAUGUGUUGGACAAGCUGAAAACAGUGUGUGUAGCAGUGGCUGUUGUAACAUCAGUGAUUCCAGAUGUUGUUGGUGGAUUUUGCCUGUGCACACUUCAGACAUUACUUUCAUGGGGUUUGUUUUUCAACUGAAGUUAAGAUGUUCAUGAUUCUGCCCAGGACUGGGUUUAUAAUUUUUUUUAGCAAAUUUGGACUUUAAACGUCUCCCCAAAUACCAGUGAAGACUGUCAGAGGCUUACAACGAAAUGUAUGCACACAAAAUAUACCGACGUACAUAGUUUACACACAUGCAUGCAUAUGUAAAUGCAAACACAAACACACACAUGCUUUGUCAGUUCAAAACCAAAGCCUGGAAGAUGUUCUCUCUGCCAUGCAGGGUUAUAAUAUGUCCACAGCCACAAUGGGAACAUAAACAGACAAAAACUCAAACAGUGAAGAAUCCAAACAACAAAACCACAGUUUUCCCUCUUUUUUUCGUUUCUUUCAUCUGCUGCCCAAAGCUGUAAUAAAGUUCUUUUGGGAUGCAAGUCAUCGAUGAGUAGAAGUGAGCCAACUCAGGGCCCAGGAGUGCAGAUGCUGUUGGAGCAGUGCUGACCUCAGGCCAGAUAACAAUAAGGAACAUUCAGGACAUGCUGCCUCACCUUCUGGCCUGUCGCCACUGCUCCCAGAAUGGUGCUUACACGGACUGCUUGCACUCUUCAGGAGGUUAUAUCUGCAAAAAGACUAGGCUGCAGACAGUGGUGUGUACAGACUCUAAAGAGGGAUCACAGACACUCAGGUUCAUCACUGGAAAAAGGUCAUAAAAGGUAAAAAGUGAAAGAGAUGACUCCCUCCGAUCCAGCUCUCUCAGCAUGGAUUUCCAUAGGUAAAACUGCUCAUUGUGGAACUGCUUCUUAGCUAUUUUCAAAAGCCAGAAGGCUGAAAUUGUGCAACUCUCUGGAUUUUUACCGUUUCGAACACUCGUUCCCAAGAUACCCACAAAAACCUGUAAUGUAAAAUAUAUAUAUAUAUAAUAUAUAUACUGUUGAUAUGUACAUGAGUCUCAAUUAUUUUAAGUAGUCUCCCUUAUUUUUUGUGAUAAGCUGUAUUUUUUAUUUUUUAUUUUUACUUUCCAAAGCAGCUUGAACAGUAUAAACUUGGCAGUUUAUAAAUGACUUAAAAAGGGUAUAAAUGCUCUGGUUUAUUGUGAUGAUGGCUGCAAAGAUGAACUUUAUGCCCUAAAGAGUUAUAACUGAAAAGCUAAAUGAAUGUGGAUAAACAAAAAUAUUUUAGUUUAUCCCUUCCACCUUUCUACUCAUUUUGACACAUUGUUCUGGAUUUAUCAGGCUCCAGGUCAAUUUGUCCCCUUCAUCAACUCGUACCCUCAUUUCGUACCUUAGCAUUUCAACUUGUACCCAUGAACAAACCAUUUUGUACCCAUUUAUGACUGCAUUCCUUUGGUCAUUAUUAGGUGUGUAAUGAUACGUCAAGCUCAGGAGACAAGAUGAGAUUUUAGCAAUGUUUUUAGGAACACACCAUUUUAUUUUUUAUUAUCAUAAAUAGUGAAGGUUUCACAAAUCACAAACUGCCUCUUUAAGUGUUGUAGAAUAUUGCAGUCCAGGUUUAACUAGUUCAUUAAUUCUGCUUUAUGUGCUUGUCUAAUUCUAAUAUGGUCCUUAUCCUUUUCUUAAAAAAAAUUUGAAACUGUGUUUUUAAGAAUCUAAGUGUAGUUCAGGUUUGACCAGUCUAAGUUAAUGGUGUCCAAAGUCAGUGCUUACCCUCUUUCAGAUCACAGCUGAGCAAUAAACGCGCAAACAUUAUCCCCUAAUUAUGGAUCACUUUGUUGUUUCACGUAAUACAAGUCGAUCCAUCUCGAAGGCCCUGUGUGCUUACACAGCAUGCUCUGAGAUUGCUGACCCAAAGGGGCGUGGUUUGCAGCUCUCACAUGAGCAAUGUGCUGGACAAGUAAACUUUUUGCUCACCAUCCUCAACACCAGCUUUCAUGAAAAAAUAUAUUUCUGAGAUCAGGCAGAAUCUAGAAGAUCAGGCAGUCCGCCUGAUCUCACUGCGCACCAUGGACUGCAGUUGUCUUUACUUUGUAUCAUAUCACCACUUAAUAUUUACAGCGGUCAUGGGUUUCUUAAUGUCUUCUGAGUGGGAUCAGGAGAGUAAUAUUGGUGAACUGACUUCAACCCGCUUUUCCAUAUCAGGACCUUUAAUCGCAAGGAUUAAAGAAUGUGUAGAUUACAGAUCGAAAGAACAAUCUGAAAGGGCCUCUUAUGUUAAAAUGCUUCUCUGAUUUAAUACAACUGAAUCAAAUAAUAGACCAUUAGCAUGUUCCUGCAGAACUUGAUGUCAACCAGCAAAUUAAGCCGCUUGAAUUAGCUGUAUUGGAGCAGGAACAUUUGUAAAACAUUCAGGACACCAGCAUUUGUGGACACCCCUGUUUUACGUAUUUUAGAUGUUUUGCUAGGGAUGAUCAAUUGUAGUUCAGGCUUAUUAUAAACCAGUGAAAUGAUCCUUUAGUUAUGAGACAGUAUUGUUUGAAUCUAUUAACACAACAGAACAACUCAAGUACUAAGUCCUUUCUUACUUCAAAAUAAGAGUCCAAAACAUUGAUUGACAAUGUCAAAUUUAAAGCACUGACUUUCAUAUUCCCAGCUCAUAAUAACUGUUUACACUUACUUCACCAAAUUAAAUCACAUGCUAAAUAUCAUGGAGUAUUAAUAUUGUGAGAUAUUGUGCCACGUGAUCUUAUUACACCACGAUUAAUUAAUGACUUCAAUAAAUUGUGCUGAUAAAUAUUCCUAAAAACACUCAAAUCUCGAUUUCAGAAUUUACACCCAAUUACACCCUGUUUUUGUAGAUUGUGGUUCACAAUAAAACCUCCUGCUGGUAGAUAUGAUUUAUUGGAUUCAUAUAAACACGUUCAGUCUCUAAGCGAAUUAUGGAAGAUGAGUAUGAUUAAAUGUAUGUUCGGUACGAAAUGUCUCCUUGGCAGAUUUCUCAUUUUUUUACUUUUCUUAAAGAAAAAGAGCAAAUCUGCAAAUCAAAGUACGAAAUGGUAAAGGGGCGAAAUGACCAGCACCUGAUUUCUCAUUUACCUACAAUCUGUUGCCCCUCUUAACAAGUAGGGGGUGCUUGUAUAUCCACCUUGCCCUUUAACAUUGUAAAUAUUUUAAUACCACUUUGCAAUAUUAUGCAGCACAUUUAGUCAUUAUUCAAAUCUAGCUGUUAUUUAUUCAUUGUCUUAAAAUUCUUUAUCUAAUUUCAAUUUUUUUUUUUUUUUUUUUUUAAGUCCCAGUCCAAGAAAAAUGCAGGUUUUUCCUGCUUUGUUCUUGUUAUACUAACCAAAAGUUCUUUGAUACUAACAUUUUUCUUUGACUGAACCCUAACAGCCAUGUAAAGGUCUGUGUCUGCAGCGUGAAACAAGAGAAAGUGAAUGCAACACUAAACCCACUCCACUUCUCUAAAGCGCACUCUGCUCAGAGAAUGAAAUAUUCACUAGCUGAAGGUUCCUGUUCUCCGUGUACCUGAGCAGGAGUAAAGGAAUCUGCCAUCACUUCGACCUUAGGGCUCCAUUCACAGGCCACGCUUCACAUUGGGAUCCCAUUACAAUGCAGACCAGUAACUACAACCGCUCCAUUCACUUCACUGUAAUGAUGGAGGCCAUUUUUUGUGCCAAGUCUGCUGGCAGUUGCCCUGGAUCUUUUCUCCACUUUAUGUUCCAACAUGUUCUUUGUGUUUCAUUGGUACAUCACAUUUCAUAUAAUAUUUGUAAAGUUUUAAAGAUUCUUUUGUCUCUUGGUUGUCUUCCAUCAAUAAUAAAAUCCCUCUAUAUUUUAUUUUAAUUGGAAAACAAAAUAAGUGGAGUCUAGGGUUUCCAACACAGAAUUAUGGCUUUUAUCCCUAAUAAUUUUAUGUUGAAGGUGAGCAUUUUAAAUACUCUUGUAGUAAAUUAUCAGUAUGAAAUGCAGAGAUUUUUUUUAUGUAAUAUUUACACAUUUAUUCUGUAUGGCUUAGAGUUCCUUGCAAAUGUCUUCAUACCCUUAGAGCUUUUUCACAUUUUGUUCAUGUUACAACAACAAAUGUCUCUGUAAUUUUAGGGGAUUUUAUGACCAUUUCCGAAAAGUAACAUUUGGGUCUUACCCAACUAAAACACAUUCUACCACACGUUAACUUUGUUCAACACUCUUUGAAAUCCAGAUCUGUGUGAACAACUAGUUGUUCUCUAGAGCUCCCAUUAGCCUGCUUCUCUGAUUAAUACUCUCCUUGCCCACGUAGGUGUGCAGUUGGAUCAUACUCUUUCCACUUUCGGAUGAUGUAUUGAACAGUGCUCCAAACUUUUCAAUGCUUCGAAUAAUGUUUAGUAACCUAACCCUUUUGUAAAGUUCUUCAUAAUUUUAUCUCUGAUCUGUCCAUUGCCUUGGGUAUCAUGAUGCUGUUUGAUCACUAAUGUUCUCUAACAAACCACUGAACCCUUUACAUAACAGCUGUAUUUAAUGUCAGCCAUUAUAUUACACACAAGUGAACAUUGAAAGCAGCUGGUUGUACUGGAUUUUUUUUUUUAAAAAGGGCCGAAUCCAAAACCAUGCUGCACUUUUGAGAUUUUUAUUCGUUAAAAAAAAAAAAAAAACUAUGCUUCAUUUAGUUUCCUCACCUGUAUUAAACAUUGCUAUAUAUUGCUCUACCACAUACAAUCCCAACACAAUACACAGAACUUUGUGGCUGUAACAAAAUGUAAACACGUUCAAGAGGUAUGAAUACUUUUGCAAUGCAUUGUACAAUUGCUGCAUAUUUGGCUGGGUUAUGAUGUGGGAAAAAUGAUUUACCUUUGUUUUCCAAAGGACAAAGAUGUUUUCUUUAUUUCCUUUUUCAAUAAUGAAAAUAAAUAUUUAAUUGGAUGAAGUAGGCUUAUGGCAAGUCUACUUUUCACACUAUUUGCCGUGUUCAGAAAAAGGACUAAUUACUUUUUACAUUUAUUUAUUCUAUUUCCUCUGGGUUUAUUCAGAAAUGACUAUUUAAUCUUUUGCAUCAAACUUUAUUGUUGAGUGUAAUUAUUGCAUAUCAGCAACUAUCAUCAUUCUGUCCCACCUUACAAAGGUCUACUUUGUUCCACUUUGAAAGAUCUAAAUUGGUGACUUCCUUCAAUUUCAUUCUCCACUAAUAUUUAGUAAACAAAACUAUCAAGUGUCAGCCUGUUCUGUUACUCUUCAACAAAAAUAAUGUUUUUGUGAUAUUUUUCUUUCACUACCUUGCAGCUCUGUCAUACAAGAACCAGUGUUUUACUUUAACUGUUUUAAGACUUGCGGUUUAUUCUGGCAAUACAAAAAUUGUGCUCUGGGGGAUUUUUUUGUCAAACAAGCUUGUUAAACAUUGUGCUUUUCCACAUUGUGGUCUCUAAAUGUGGGGUCGAUCCAGGAAAACAGUCUGUCUUUCUACUAACUGCCCUGAACUGCUAAGCAAAACAAGAACGGGAAGGUCAAAACUGAUUUUGUGCUGGAGAACAGGAUGUCUCUCAUUAAAAAAAAAAUACACCCUUCUGUCUUUGCAUCCUUUCACUACUCAUGCAGAGGGCAAUCUGUGGACUGACUAAAGAACUGCCUUCUACAACUAGUUCAAAAAGGGAAAUAAAGUUUGAAGUGAAA